AUGGUCCGGUUCACGAGUGCCGCCGCGGGCUUGUCUCUUACCUCUGUUGCUCUGUCUUCACCUCUUCAGGGACAGCUGUAUGCUCGCCAGAAUGCAUCGACUCCCUGUGCGCAGGUGAGUGCCUCUGUUGCGGCGCAGAAGUCCGUUGCGACUCCCACCGUCGCUGCGGAGCUGGCGUACGAGUGCAUUACCUCGGUACCAUUCAACCAAACUGCUGCUCUGGCCUUGGUUGAUGGCGUUGUGCCUUACUUCAAGUGGCAGAGUAACACUGCUUUCUUGAAGGAUCCACCUGUGGAGUACGCCGAGAAGGUCCAGCCUGCUGUCGACAUCUGGGGCGAGCUCGAGAAGAUUCGCGGCAAGGUUGUUGGCGGGCAGUACGGGAACGAGUUCGAGAGCACACACGACGGCCACUUCGUGUACGUUCCUGACGUAGUUGGCACAGUCUUCAACUACGCCCGCCCUGUGCCUCUUGUUUCGGUCUCUGCAGAUGGAAAGGAGCUCCCCAAGGCGUACGUCUACGCAGACGUACUUGCUGAGUCGUUUGGCAACGCCACUUUCACCUCUUCUCCGAUCAGCAAGAUUAAUGGCGAGGAUGCUCAGGCUUUCUUGGAGAACUGGGCCCAGUACGGCUCGCUCCAGGACCGUGAUGCGUUGUACAACAACGUAUUCUACGAACUUGCGACAGUUUCUCUCGGUCCUUCUGGAUCUGGUAUCGGAACCUUUGCCGGUAGUGGUCGUGGCCGCUGGGUUUACCCGGGCGCAACGACCGAGCUCGAAUUCGAGAACGGCACCAGUGUUACUUACAACAACUAUGCAAAGGUCCUGAUUCCCUUCACUGAUAUCACCGAUGGAGAGUCUCUGUACAAGACUUGGUUCACCGGCAAUCAGCCGGUUGCUGCAACACCUACACCUACUCCUUCCUCGAACAUUACAUCUUCUGCAGUCUCAUCUGCGACUGCCUCUGCUACAGUCGCUCCUAUUCCCGCUCCUGGGUACCCGCCACCAGUUGUCCGCGAGGCACACAACCUGAUUGGAGGCUACUUCCUCGAGGACGACUACUCUGACGUUGCUGUCCUUUCUGUUCCCUCGUUCGUGGGUAUCAGCGCACAGGAGGAGUUCCAGGAAACUGCUACCAGUUUCCUUGCCGCGGCGAAGGCUGCUGGUAAGAAGAAGCUCGUUAUCGAUGUCUCUGCUAACGGCGGCGGCACUAUCCUUCUAGGAUACGACCUAUACAAGCUGCUCUUCCCCAAUGACAUCGACCACGCCGCGUCCGACCGCUUCCGCGCUUUCGAGAGCACUGACCUUCUUGGUCAGAAGAUCUCUCAGGUCGCAGAGGGCCUGCCUCGCCAGCUUGUCACCGAGGAGCAGAACGAGACGCUGUACGAACUUACUGACAGUGUCGUUUCCUCAGUCUUCAACUACCAGUCUGAUGUCUCUGUGAACGGCACAAACUUCGUCAAUUGGGCGGACAAGUUCGGACCCAUUGUUCACGAGAAAGGCGACAACUUCAGUGACCUCUUCCGCUGGAACCUCUCUGAUGUCUUAACACCCCUGAACUCUGGAGGCAUCUACGUCCACGGAUACGGUCCCCUGAGCAACUACACUCAGCAGCCUUUCGCCGCCGAGGAUGUCGUAGUUGUUACCGACGGUUACUGCGCGUCAACUUGCACAAUCUUCUCUGAGCUCAUGCGCCAGCGUGCUGGUGUCAAGUACAUCUCUCUCGGUGGCCGCCCACGUGAGGGCAUUACCCAGGCCGUUGGCGGUGUCAAAGGAACAAACAACUUAUCAUGGACCUACAUCCAGUCCUUAAUUCAGUACACGGUCAACAACCUGACUUCCAGCGCUGAAGAGGCAGUAAAGCUCAACAGCACAGAAUUUGGCGAGUACUGGAGCGACACCGUCUUCGACCGACUUGCCAUCGGCAGCUCAGUCAACAUCAACUUCCGCGACGGUAUCCGCGAUGGAGACGAGACCUACACUCCCCUCCAGUUCGUCUACGAGCCAUCUGACUGCCGCAUCCUGUACACCAAGCAGAUGACGGUCGAUGCCACAGCCAUUUGGAAGGCCGCAGCUGACUCGACCUGGGCUGGUAAGAGCCACUGUAUUGCUGGAGACCUGGGUAGCUACCCUACUGGAUCCAAGCUAGCUAAGAGGGAGUUGACCGUACAGGAUAAGGUGCUUAGCAGGAGGAUGCACCAAUGGAGGAGGGAACUCAGAGAGCAGGAUUACCCGCUCGAUGUGUUCACCAACCUGCGCGAGGCUAAGCUUGGUGGCGAUGGUAUCAUGUGGCCGUAAGGAGGCAGUGAGUCUGUUAGCUGUAAAUAGUCGC